GGUCAGAACUCCUCAAGGUAGCGGCCCGUCAAUAUGGCGCCUUUAGAUUUCCGCUGUACUCUUUUUGUACACUUCAUAGUGAUGCUGUGUGGAGGAGUAUAUACAGAUAAUAAGGUGUGUUACGAGUGUUGGCAUAUGUCACAUCCACGUGACUGUAACAUUGUAGUGGAAUGCGGUCCCCAUCAGACAUGCUUCGUCAAUCGGUACGUGACAAGCGACGCCCACGUUUACUAUAACUCGGGCUGCUUAUCAAGCCAGAGUUGUCAUAACCAUCACCAUACUUACUUGAUGGGACGACGGACACCAGAAAAGAUGACGUCAAUCACAGAGAUUGAUGACAAAGACCUCAAGAGAAACAACCCGUCUCAACACCCGGAUUGCUCGUUAUGUUGUCACCAAAGCUUCUGUAAUACAAACUUGUGUGAAACACAUCAAGUUAACUCCACGAGGAAGCGUUGUCUGUCAUGUGACAGUGUGGAACAGCUGAGUGACUGUCACACAGUCCGAGGAUGUGAUGUUGAUGAGAUGUGUUUUUCCUCCUAUUACCUCAACACCUUUGGUGAGAAACGAUAUCGGCUCGGCUGUAUGAGGCAAAAUGUAUGCCAUCAUGGUGGUGACUCGCAUAUUGGAGAAACACAAUAUUGUUCGAAAUGCUGCCAUGGUGAACACUGUAACCGAGACUUGUGUGAACAUGCCCCAUCCACUACCUCAAGCAUUGCUCCUACGUCGCCCACAACGACCACCACGCCCACCACCACAGCGCCCCCUGUGUGUGAAGACGACCCUAACCGUCCUUGCAUUGCCAGUAUCCUGUCCUCCAUUUGUAACGACCAGACGUUCAGCCAGUUUUGUAGGAAGUCGUGCGGACUGUGUGGUUCCCUAACAUCUUUACCCCCGGCUAUCACCAUGGUUACCACGAUCCCUACGUCCACCCCUGUUGUGACGUCAUCUAUAAGUUCAUCUCCUGAUUGCCAGGACAGUAACCACCAGUCGUGUGAUCAUGAGAUACUUCCUAUCGUCUGCUCUGAUGAUGUUUUGAAAUUUUACUGCAUGAAAUCUUGUAACAUAUGCGGGAUGACAGUACCGACCCCUGCUGUAUGCGUUGACACACAUCCAGUUCAGUGUAAUAACCAGACACUUCUGCAAGGCAUUUGCCCGGAUGAAGAAUUAGCAGAACUUUUUUGCCGUAAAAGUUGUGGGAAAUGUCAUGACAGUACUACUGUGUCGACCUGCAGGGACGACGACACCAGUUGCUUCAACAUACAGUUCCUGACCACAGCGUGUUUGGACCCAGCCAAAAGGAAUCUGUGUAAAAAAAGUUGUAAUCUUUGUACAUAAUAAACGUGAUGAAAGCCACAAGAACAACGUGUUAUGGUGGGGUUUAGUGAAAUAAUUUGUGUAUCCACAUUUCCUUAAUAAAAUGUUCUUCAAUUUUCAAA